AUGCGAUGGAAUGGAAGUACCAUGGGCACCUGCCUCCUUCGAUAUCCACGACGAGAUGUCGAAACACAGCGGCGUCGCAGCGAAGUUCCAGUCGAUGUCGAGUCGAGGUUUUUGGUGAUUCUCCAGCUUUUCUGGGAGGGCUCACAACUGCCCACGACAGUUGGAAUUCAUAGAAUUCGUUCUCCCACUCGAAACUGGCUCCAAUUCUCGAUCACGGGAAUAACAAGAUCAGCGACAAAAACAAAAAAGCUGCAAGGAGAGCAAAGUCUGAGAAGAUGUUCGAACUCAGUCAACCCCAAGGGUUCCACAUGUCACAUGCACUUGGGAUGCCAGGGAAAAGCUAAUCAAAAGAUUUACCUGCGGAUCGACUGCAGCUUCUCCGAUGUUAGCGGGAUGGUCGAGUGCCCUUAACCCAAAAUCCGACAAAGUCGUAGUGCUCGAAUGCACUAUAUCUUUUACAGCUCACAAAUGCGCUCCAAGCGAUAGCACCUUUUAGGGGACCCAACAGAUCCGACGAAUGCGAUUCCAAACGUAACACCAAAGAAAAGGUUGCUAAAACGAACUGCAAAAGAGGAAAGCACUAACCCCCAACACCAUUCAACACGAAGUACCAAAGCAAAAUGGAUUCCCUUCCACCUGCGAUGACGUGGCAAGGUAACGAAGCGAGAAUUAACGGAAGUUUGGCCCUCUAGUGGCAAACUUACGAAACGUUGAAUUCCGACGAAAAUCCCUAAUCGAUGUAACUAAUGAGUGGAUGCGAUGGUUAUUAACAAAAGAAAAAAAACAAACAAGGUUAUCAAGAUUCCAGAAAUGACGAAGACUCUAGGGGACGCUCCACGGCGUUUGUUCCCACCUAGAGUGAAGCUCUGGGAUGGCGCGAUCCAUCCAGUUCCUUAUAGCAAGAACCAAGCUGAAACGAUCCAGAAGACCGAUCUACAAACAGCGAGGCUGAAACACUCAGCUGAGCCCCUCCAAGCUCAGAAUCAUCGCGACAGUCUUGCGACUGGGGGAGUCAAAAGCUCGGGACGAACCCUCCACCAAAGUUGUCCUUCAUUGCCACCGUGCCCAACCCAACCACCCAUGCACGAAAUGACGAAACGAAAAAAAACGAGUAAACAAAAUGUAAUCCGAUCCGAGAAUGCCAAUAAAAACCGAAAUAGCUA